UGGAGUUUAAAAAGAUCAUUGCCACACUAAGUGAAGGAACACAAGUUGAUGCACAAGGACCUCCAGCUUCUCACCGUACAUGGAUCUUAUCGACAAAGCCCACUGAAUCCCUAACGUCCUAGUAAUAUUUCGGAUUCUGUGUUAUCAUAAACCAUAUUUUUGGGGCUUAUUUUGCAUUGAAAUAUUACCACGAUGCAUCGAGCUCGUUGCUACAGAAAGUUUGUAAUCUGCAUAGUGCUAUUUGCGACCGUGUGGAUUGUAAUGCUCGUGGUGGGCCCAAAAUUGACGAAACCGCCCCGAGUUUUGCCUUUUUUGGACGUGUCAUAUUGGAGCAAGAGUUCCGAUGGAGAUCACUCGAGUUCCUUGAACGCAGAUGCUCGAGAUGUCCGCAAUCAGUCGAAGCCUGUACUUCCUGGACGCUUUCCAGAGGCUACUAGACAUCUGCCAACCCCCGUGUUGUUGUUUGCAAGCAUGCGAACGGGUUCUUCCUUUGUGGGCGAGGCUCUUGGAAACAGCAAAGAUGUUUUCUACCUUUUCGAACCCGGACAUGCUCUACAGACGACUCAGCUCGCGAAACUGGAAUCCAUGAGGAGUUUAGGGCUCACCUACAACGUGGCUAGUUUGUGCAUCAACAUGCUGGCUAAGUUGUACCGGUGCGACUUUCGUGAUUUGGACUUCUACCUGAAGUACCUCUCCGACCAGAAACUGGAUGUGCUGAAACACAGAACACCCAGACUCUACGAAGCCUGCCGCUACAGACAACCCCACGAUGCGACCCAGUGCAAAGUCACGCUUCGCAUGGCGACAAAGUCUUGUAAGCAGAGCAAAUACGUCAUCGUCAAGGAGAUCAGAAUCCCGCAAAUUGAGAUGCUGACUCCAUUAAUCGAAGCCCACGGCUUGGACUUGAAGGUCAUCAACUUGAUUCGAGACCCUCGCCCCAUGACUGCCUCCGUCUUGCGCGCCAUGCGUGGUCGCAAUCUCUUCUCCUCCAACAAGACCUUACCUAAAUACUGCCGGGGCGUUCUGUCCAAAUACUGCAGGUACGGCAAGGCAAACUUGGAAUUGGGCAAAGGCCCGUCUUGGCAAAGACGGUACAUGUUCCUGAGGUACGAAGAUAUGGCAUCGGAUCCCACUUCUACCACCAACAAUAUAUUUAAGUUUCUCGGUCGCAGGAAGGUACCAAAGACAGUGCAACGGUGGAUCGAGAAGAACACCAAAUCAGGAACACCCGGACCUUACUCUACAAGCGGGAACUCGAGUCAGGUUUACCAGGCUUGGCGUGGCGCCAUGCCUUUUGAGGUGGCCAAAGCUAUCGAAGAGGUGGGACAAUGUCGAGAGAUGAUGGACAUGAUGGGAUACCGCCUGCUGGAAGAUGAGAGACAUCAAAGGAACUUGUCUCGAUCGCUUUAUGGACAUCUGAAUGUGUAAUUUCAACAACUGAAAUCAAAUACAAACGUUCGACCAUGCAAUGAAAAACUGCUCAUUUCAUUUGCGGAUCACGCUAUUAAUUAUAUUGAUGACGAUAAUACAAACAGAUGGACCGAUUGGAUUAACACUUUGCCCAAGUGGGUUUUUUUAUGGAUGUACUGCACAUCACAAACUUUCACUAUAAAUAAGUCACUAUGGGUUGGGAUCAGGGCCGGAAUUCUCAUGGAUUUUGGGAUAAAACAAUAUGGUCAUCUCAUAAAUCAGAGGAAGAGAAAAGUGUAAAAUGUGAAUGCAAACUCCAUCCGGGUUUUUAAGGUUAUUUUAAAUUAAAGAUGGUGUGGUAAGAAGUUGAGGUGAUGGGUGUUUUUUUCCGAGUGAAUUUGUUCAAUCCUCUGAACAAAAUGUCGGCUAUGUUUUUAGUAUAGUUCCUGCCUUUCCCGGUAUAUUUAUCUGGGUUUUCAUCCCAUUUCUAUGACUGGGCAGUUCUUCAAAGUCUUCUCUAGGUUCGUUCCGGCUUUCGAACUUCAAUGCUUUCAGGGAAUCUCUAGUUUCAUUACCAGAAAUUCAACAAUUUGUAUUUUUUUGUAGUCUUUAUACAAAGGCAGUGAAUUAGCACACGUGGCAUAUACGUCACGACCACGGCAUGAAACGUAUCGAUUGUAUUUUGAAGGUCAGUGCGCAAAACAAUGGAGCUCUUGUCAAAACACAAAACAUGCACAUGUAGUUAAAAUUGACUGUGUUAAUGCAUUCAUCCCCACAAACAUCGGCGGAUUUUUUUGUCUUUUUCAUGCGAAAUUCGGCCAUAAAAUUGGAGACAAAGGGGGCA